AAAUAAAUAAAUAAAAAAGAAGCAUAUUUUAAGGAGAGUCUUUUUAAAAAUAGUAGUUAUUAAGAAUAACGUCUUCAUUUAAAUAGAAAGAUUAUUUUAAUUUAUGGAACGAAUAUGAUUAAAAUGCGACCAUAUGUUCCAUCAUCUCGUAUAGCCAUACGAGACUCCUCCAUAGAUGAGGAUAUAAGCGAUGAUAUUGAUGAUGAUGUUUUUAUUAAGGAUUCCCGAACGGCUAAGUUGAAUGAGGAGAAAGGCUUAAAAAGACCUCUUAUGGCACCGCGUCAUAAAAAUGGCAAAUCUAUAAAUUCGGUUCCGAUAAUGAAAAAACAUCGACGUUGCUGUUGGCGUUGUUGUGAGCCAUUUUGUUACGCUUUAGCGGCUAUUACCAUUUUAACGGCUAUCAUUAGCUUAGCCGCCUUGAUUUUAACGAUGGUACCGAUUUCAAUGCAAAAAUUCAAAUAUUGGUUUUAUCAUAAUAAUAACCCAUCGAUUCCGUUGUCCCUCAACGAUGAGAAUAUGAGUGCGGAAUUCGUGCCUUGUUCUCAAAUUAAUGUUCAAAAAUUGUGGUCAAAAAAAUUCCCUCGCAUGAACAGUGAAAGUCCCGUACGUAAAGUUGAUUUAAAUGGUGAUAAGAUAAGCGAUAUCAUAUUCGGUUUUGGAGUCGAUGAUAAUAUACAAUACGAAGGAUAUGUAUUACCUAAAUGUAAAUCGCCUCUGCAGGGAGAAGAGGUGCCUUGUGAAGGCGGUGUCAUAGCAGUGGACGGACGAAAUGGCGAGUUAUUGUGGCGGUCGUGGAGUGUGGCGAAUGUUUUUUCCUUGUUGUGUGCCUUGGAUGUUAAUCAAGACGGUUACAUGGAUUGCGUGGCUGCCGGAAGAUUGGGAAUGAUUUUCGCUAUUAAUGGACGCAAUGGUCACAGUAUUUGGGAAUUUCGUGAAAUAGAAGUAGAAACUAAUUCUCCCAUUGUAAUGGAUCUGUAUACGAUUAAUGUGGUACGCGAUUUAGAUGGCGAUGAAAUUCCAGAAAUAUUGGCAGUUCAUUUAGAAGAGCGAGAAGAGUCUAAGGCAGGUCAUAUUAAAGUAAUUGCCGGUAAAACCGGUAAAGUAAUACGUACUAUUCCUACACCUUACCGUGAGGAGGUAUUUGUCCCAGUUCAGUUAAUCACUAAAGAAGAUGGCACGGAAUUAUUGUUAAUUAUCUCGGGAGGACAAAAUACUCCGGGAGGUGUUUACAGUAUACGGUUAUUAUCACUUAUGAAAUUUACGAGCGAGAAAGAGUUCACGACAUUAUAUCAUCGUAAACAUUCCGGUUUGAUGGUACCAGCUAUAUUAACAGACGUAACGGGAGAUGGAAUGGUCGAUAUUGUUGUUUCAGCUUUCAAUUCAACGGUAAUGGCUUUUGACGGUCGUAAUUUUACUAUGUUAUGGAAUUAUACUUUCCCGGCCAGUGAUAGUGUUAGUGCUAUUGUACCGGGACAUUUUAACCAUGAUAAUAUUAGUGAUUUCAUGGUUAAGUAUAACACCGGUCCAGGUUUUCCGGUAUAUUAUUAUUCGCAAACAACUAUACUAGAUGGACGUAAUGGAAAACCGUUAUUGGAUUCAAUGAUGACGGAUUCAGGCGGUGCCAGCAGUCUUUUAGGUGGAGUUACAAUAUCCCAAACGUUUGGUGGUGAUUUUUUCCUGCACUGGCAAAUGCAUUGUCGCGACAAAGCAGACAACAAGGAUGCCUAUGAGUUUAUACCAGACAGUGAUAUAAUUUUACAAGCACGUGCUGAUAGCUGUCGUUUGCGUUAUAAUACCUCAAGUGUUGUCAAAUUAUACGCAAUCGCCCGUCACAUCGAACCACCGGGAGCGGUAUUAUUUAGUACAGAUGAUCUCGACGUUCGUUUAAAUCGAACACAUCACGUAAGAUCAUCGUUUCAUACGAAAUCUCAAAAGUCACCUUUGAAACAUCCAAAGUUAUUAAAAAAAUUAUUAGCUCAUAAGGAGCUACUGGAAAAGGUGGCCAUGGCAGAGAAAAUGGAGAAUUUAGAAAAGUCCAAGAUAUCACAUAAGGAAGGCAGCCUGCGUAAGCCAAUUUUAGAGGAAGAUGUUCUACAAGAAAUAUUACCGAAAAAUGAAAUAUCCGUGGAACCGGUGGACAAUGUAUAUUAUGGAAUUGGUGGGAAUGUAGGUGGCUAUGGUGGCAAUAUGGCCUUAAGAGAUUUUCCAAAGGAUUAUGAUAUCGAACCGUCUCAUAUGUCGGAAGACUAUGAGGCCACCUAUCAAGAUAGUGAAAUACCCCAGAUAGUUCCACCGAACGAUCAUCCAAUACAUUUGCGUACCAAAUACCCAGGCAAUCGAGAUGUACGCAGUGAUAUAAACACAUUUGAAGAGGAUUUAUUAAAUGCCACGAAUAUAUUGACAAUUGGCGGCGUAGGGCGAAAUAAAUUGGAAGAACCUUUAAGUUUAUGGGAUUUAGAAAGAGAAAAAGAGGAACGUGACGCAUUACGAAAGGCUGAAAAAUAUGAAGAAGAGAACGAACAGUCGUUAGGAGAGGAUGGAAAAAGUGAAAGUACAAUUGCAACAAAACGGUUAAAGAAUCGUAAGCGACGUGAAUUAAGUGAAGACAAUGACUGGUUUUUAGCUUCAAUAUCAUCGACUGGCAUUCUAUUGCAAUCGUUAAAUCACGUAAAAUCCUCAAUUGAUUUUGCUUUUGUUUUAAAUAUACGUGAAUCGGAGCCAUAUCCGCCAUUAUUUUUACCGCAAGAUUUGAACUGCGUUGAGGAAAAAAUAAGCGCUUACAAAAGCUAUACACUGGAUAAUCAACGCAUUUUACGUAAACAAUUUCUUAAGCAAUGCUUAAGUGAUCGUUUAAUUAAUAUUGAACCUGAACCGCCUAAAUAUGAAUCCCAAUUGAUUAUAGCUCGUAUUGGCAUCACUUGCACUUGUCGUUCCUUACAGGCGAACGAAAUAUGCUCAGAGGUAGACGAUAUCGACAAUCAAAAAUGGACCGAAUAUAUGGGUAAUAACGGAAAUGGUUUUUACAGCAAUUAAAAAGAGAUAAAUUUUCAAAAGGCUUCCAAAAAUUUCUAUCUAUUAGUGACUUGAUUUUCUGUUCUAAGCACAAGG